GCUCUCACUCGGGUUGCACUCCAGUGUGCGCGCGCGCCGCGGAUGCCUCGACGCCAACGGAGCGCAACUUCGCCCCCGCGCCGCCGCACUUCUUCGGGCUCGCGUUUGGCAUUUCCGAGAGGAUUUCCCCACUGGAUUACCUUGGCUUUUGCUUCGAGAGAACUUCAAGGAAAAGGGAAAAGGACGGAUUCUUGGGGCGGGCCGGCGGGUGCGCGCGUGCGAGGCUGCGAAGGACAAGUGCGCCGCGCUUCUGCCUCGACUUGGGAUUGUCCCACUUUUUCAGGAGCUAUGCCGAGCCGCGCCGCGCAGUUUGUUGCUGCGCAGGAGUGAAAAGAACUGCGACGCGCGCGCGCACGCACACUAGCGCGCGCGCACACACACACACACACACGCACACACACAUUCCAAACACACGCUAAACACUUUCUUCCGCGCAAAUCUCGAGUGGAGCAAAAGCAAAAAGCUCUCGCUUUCUCUCCCCCGCCCUGAGGGGAUGGUCGAGGGUCCUCGGGGGCCAGGAGCGACUGCGCGGCUCCUCCACCACCGCUUCGUCUCGUUUGGGGUUCAGUCCAAUUCAAAAGGGAGAUGAGAGCCGCAAUUUCUUACUUCCUGCUGUGGACGACGUACCUGCUGUUGGCCACCGCUCAGGAAGUGCACUUUCCCCAGGAGCUGAUCGACAGACUGUCGCACAGUGAAAUCCGCAGCAUCAGCGACCUCCAGCGGCUCCUAGAAAUUGACUCCGUAGGUACGGGAAACGAUGUCUUCGAGGGGCCCAAGCAUCACAAGCACCCGCGCCACCAGCAGCGGCCGCACCAGCAGCACCCGCACAAGAAUUCCUCCCGCCAUCCGGGUUUCUACGGCGACCUGAAGAGCUCGCAGCUCCACAGCCGCCGCAAGAGGAGCCUCGUGGAGGAGGCGGUCCCGGCGGCGUGCAAGACGCGUACGGUGAUCUACGAGAUCCCCAGGAGCCAGGUGGACCCCACGUCGGCCAACUUCCUGAUAUGGCCGCCCUGCGUGGAGGUGAAGCGCUGCACGGGCUGCUGCAACACCAGCAACAUGCGCUGCCAACCCUCGCGCAAGAGCCACCGCACCGUCAAGGUGGGCAAGGUGGAGUACGUCAAAAGGCGGCCCAAGCUCAAAGAGGUCUUCGUACGAUUAGAAGACCACCUGGAGUGCGCGUGCACGUCACAGCAUCACGUCGUGGAGCACUCCGACGCGGAAACAGUGGACGUGAGGUGAGGACGUCAGCGCGGGCUCAUCGUUGCUCCACACUGAACUUUCCCCCUCGAUGAACCUAAGAAACCACGAUGCCAAAGGUGCUUCUUUUUUUCGUUCCUUUUCCAAACCAAUCCCAUCAAAGACUCGCCGGCAAUGACGAGGAGCCUGCUCAAAAGGACACAAGAAGGGAGGACGACCAAAGGGGCUUCUCUCUUUCCGGACCGUGAGAGCGCCGUGCCGACGCGGGGCCGCCGGAGUGCCCCGCCCUCCUUUUAAAGGCACGCGGGCCAAAGGUCGCCGAGGCGGUCGUCCGCGUCGCCGCCCCCGGACGCUCCUUCCGAACGACUGACGGUCGAGGACGCACGCGUCCGAUCUGCGCUAUCGUCGCCCUCUUCUUCUUCUUGACAGCGUAUCGAGUCUUGUGUAUUGCUUUGGAGAACGGCGGCACGGCGACGCCGGAACGCCGGUGGCGGCAAGAUGCUUUUAUUUUUGUGAUGAGACAUAUUACCCUAGUUUUCAUUGCUCGUUGAAUGUCUGUAUUUAAUCCAUGCGGGGGGAGAAGAAAAAAAAGCAACAA